AUGAAAAAUAAGGGAAAGAAUGAAUUAAGUGAGAGUAGUCCAAAUACAGGAAAUAAAAGUAAGAAAGUUUUGCAAAUUUCACCUAAAAAGAAAGAGAAAUAUAUUUCCUCAGUAGAUAAAAAGAAUAAAAACGAAGAAGGAAAGCAAUUACAAAUUGAGAUAAAAAAAGAAACAAAAAAAUUUGAAAAAAAUAAACAAAAAACACCCACCACCAUUACUACAAUAACAAAUAUAGAGGAGGAUAAAAUAAUUAGUGAAAAUGAAAAAAAUUUGAUAAAUAAAAAUUAUGAUAUUUUACUUGAAAGAAUUAUAACAAUCUUGAAAGAAGGUAAGUGGUUCUUUUUAAAUUUUUCUUAA